CACAGGCCAGCCAGGAGCUGGAUGCCGCUUUUAAGUUCGGCACUGUCGCUGCUCUGUCGACCGUGGCCUCGACCUGGAUGAUGGCCGGCAACGCAAACGCCGCGACUGAACUUGCAACUCUGGCUGCCAACGACAACCGCCUGGGCAUCAUUGCAACCCUGUUUGUUCCUGCUCUGGGCUGGGUGGCCUUCAACAUUCUGGGCGGUCUGCAGGCGCAGCUGGACCAGAUGAGCGCUAAGAGCGACCCCAAGCGCAAGCGAGCUGUGCCAGCUGCGAUUGGCCUGGGAGCCGCUGCCACGCUGCUGGCUGCACAGUCUGCAGAGGCUUCGACUGAGCUCGCAACUCUGGCUGCUAACGACAACCGCCUGGGCAUCAUCGCAACCCUGUUUGUUCCUGCCCUGGGCUGGGUGGCCUUCAACAUUCUGGGCGGUCUGCAGGCGCAGCUGGACCAGAUGAGCGUUAAGAAUGGUCCUGCCCGCAAGCGGGCCGUGCCGGCUGCCAUUGGCCUGGGAGCCGCUGCCACGCUGCUGGCUGCACAGUCUGCGGAGGCUUCGACUGAGCUCGCAACUCUGGCUGCCAACGACAACCGCCUGGGCAUCAUUGCAACCCUGUUUGUCCCUGCCCUGGGCUGGGUGGCCUUCAACAUUCUGGGCGGUCUGCAGGCGCAGCUGGACCAGAUGAGCGCUAAGAGCGANCCC